AAACAACAGCAACAGAACAGCAACACCAACAACAAAAACAUCCUAUUUUCCUCUUCCUUACAAGAAAACACAAUCACAAUGGCAAUCGAACUAGCAAGGUUGCGGGAAACUGCCUUAAGGGCAAUGAGAAUCAUUGGAAGUGCAGCAUGCCAGUGCCCAGCACAUUCACAGGCUCACUCAGUGACAAACAAUGCAAGCCAUUCACCAUUAAGUAAAGAAUAUGCUGUUGAGAUGGCAUGCUCAAACAUUCGAUAUGGAGAGGGUGUGACCCAAGAAGUUGGAAUGGACCUUGCAAAUCUUGGACUGAAGAACAUAAUGUUGGUUACUGAUAAAAAACUCGUGAACCUGCCACCGGUGAAGCAAGCUGUUGAAUCACUUGAAAAAAGUGGUGUACAGUUUCAAUUAUUUGAUGACGUCAGAAUUGAACCAACUGAUUCUAGCUUUUUAGCUGCAAUAAAUUUUGCGAAAUCUGGAAAUUUCGAUGGGUUUCUUGCUGUUGGUGGUGGAUCUGUUAUUGACACAGCCAAAGCUGCCAAUUUGUACCUGAGCCAUCCAGACAAUGAUUUCCUUGAUUUUGUCAAUGCCCCGAUUGGUAAAGGAUUGCCAGUCACUAACCAAGUAAAGCCACUAAUUGCCGUACCAACGACUGCUGGGACAGGCAGUGAGACGACUGGCAUUGCAGUAUUUGACUACAGCCCCUUGAAGGCAAAAACAGGCAUUGCAAACAGAGCCAUUCGCCCUAUGCUUGGCAUUGUAGAUCCACUACACACAAGGCAUAUGCCUAAAAGAGUAGCAAUCAACACAGGAUUUGACGUUUUCUGCCACGCUCUUGAAUCGUUCACUGCCAUUCCAUACACUGAAAGAUCCCCAAGGCCUGCAAAUCCAAAUGUGAGACCAGCAUAUCAAGGAAGGAAUCCCAUCAGUGAUAUAUGGGCAAGGCAUGCCCUCCAUAUAUUAAAAAAGUAUUUCAAAAGGUCUUCAAAUGACCCGGACGAUAUGGAAGCACGUAGCAACAUGCACUUGGCUAGUGCUUUCGCAGGAAUUGGCUUCGGCAACGCUGGUGUACAUCUUUGCCAUGGUUUGUCGUACCCAAUUUCUGGAUUAGUGAAGGAUUUUUUCUCCGAAGAUUAUGACACAACUCAUCCUAUUGUGCCUCAUGGACUUUCGGUCGUCAUAACAGCCCCGGCAGUGUUUGAUUUCACUGCUCCCACUUGCCAGGACAGGCAUUUAGAGGCUGCAGAGCUGCUAGGUACCGACAUCAGCAAUGCUAAACAAGCUGACGCCGGGAAGAUAUUGAGUGAUACUAUACGCCAGUAUAUGUAUGAUCUGGGCGUUGAAGAUGGAUUAGAGUCGUUUGGUUUCUCAAGAGACGAUAUUCCAGCACUUGUGAAGGGUGUUUUACCCCAGCAUCGGGUGACCAAGCUAGCCCCUGCUGGUGAACCGGCAGAAGAGGAGUUCUCCGCUUUGUUCGAUAAGUCAAUGAAGGUGUUCUCGUGAUGACAAAGUUGCACGAUACUUUUCUGAAAAGGAAAAUUAUAUUUGUACGAAGUAGGUUGACGAGUAAAUGAAUGCGUUGACAGGUUGAAUGGGUAGGGGAGAGAGAAAAAUUGGUUGCGAUCACUUUUGUUGUUGGAAGCCUUUCAGUUAAAAAUAUGUUGUUUGAAUUUUUUAAUUAUCAGCAUGUCGGUUAUAUUCACAAUUUACCGAUGGCCAAUGCCUUAUGAUUAAAAAAAAUUUUCUCUGCACAAAAGAGAAGUUUUCCAGCUCACCAACAAUACCAAACCAGAUCUUUUUUCCUUACCUAAAUCGCAAAGUUUUACAAAAUCUCCCUCUUUUGCGUUGCUUGUCCAUUUUCAUAUCUUUUCUUGUGUGAGAAUUAGAAUUAAGAGCAUUCGAUAGUGUAUUUUAUACAUAAAAUAUAUAUACAUAAAAUGUUUUUAGAGGUGCAGGUUCAAUUUAUAUAGGUUGACAAUUUUGAAAGCAAAUUGUUGCAGUUUGCUGAAAGCCUGCAACGACCUAUCAGUAAUGUGUAAUCAACUCUAUCAUUAUUAUUACUGAAUUUUGUGUUGGGAAGGGUUUUUUUAAUGUUGUUGAAUGUGAUUUCUAUUCAGCGACUAUUACAACUGUUAUACGUUUUGUAGCUGAGUUGGUGUACUCAUUAAUCUAAAUUUUAACCUAAGCAGAUGCUGGCAUCCC